ACUGCAAAGCCCACAGUGAUGCUGGAGAGCGCUUGAGGGAAACACUGUGAGAGAGGCGAAGCCAAACUAGCCAAGGCAACAAAGCUUCUUUCUCCAAAGGCGAAGGAGCAUUGAAGAGAAAGGAAGAGAGAGAUAGAGGGAGCAAAGAAAAGAUGCAGAGAGUGAAAGGUUUAGUAAAAGCAAGGCAUUCAUUUCAAAGACUCGGGUUCCUCUCCUAUCAAAGAUGCUUCUCUGCACAGCCAAACUAUGCCCCAAAUUAUGAUUUCCAGGACGAGGUUUUAGUGGAAGGAAGAGCUAAAUCAAGAGCAGCCAUUCUCAAUAGACCUUCUGCUCUCAAUGCACUUACCGCCCCAAUGGCAGCACGGUUGAAGAGAUUGUAUGAAUCAUGGGAAGAGAACCCCGAUGUUGGAUUUGUCUUAAUGAAGGGUAGUGGCAGGGCUUUCUGUUCUGGCGUUGAUGCUGUUACUCUCUAUCACUUACUUAACGAUGGGAAAGUUGAAGAAUGUAAAAGGUUUUUCGAGACACUGUAUAAGUUUGUAUAUGUACAAGGAACGUAUCUAAAGCCACAUGUCGCAAUCUUGGAUGGUAUAACGAUGGGAUGUGGAGGUGGAAUUGCUCUCCCAGGGAUGUUUCGUUUAGUGACUGAUAAAACUGUUUUUGCUAAUCCAGAGACUCAAUUAGGAUUCCAUCCUGGUGCGGGGGCUUCGUUUUAUCUUUCUCGCCUACCUGGUUACUUUGGGGAAUACUUAGCUCUAACAGGAGAAAAGCUUAAUGGUGUUGAAAUGAUUGCCUGUGGCCUUGCUACCCACUAUUGCUUAAAUGCUAGACUUGCUUGGAUUGAAGAACGCCUUGGUAACUUGACGAAUGAUGAUCCCACUGUCAUAGAGUCUUCUCUUGCACAGUAUGGUGACCUUGUUUAUCCAGACAGGAGCAGCGUUCUUCACAGGAUUGACACAAUUGAUAAAUGUUUCAGCUGCGACACUGUUGAGGAAAUUAUUGAUUCUCUGGAAAAUGAGGCAGCUGGUGCUUAUGAUGACUGGUGCAAAACGGUGCUCAAAAACUUGAAAGAAGCCUCACCAUUGAGCUUGAAAGUGACUCUACAAUCUAUACGAGAAGGUAGAUUUCAAUCUCUUGAUCAGUGUCUGGCACGUGAAUAUCGGAUGUCCCUUGCUGGGAUCUCCAAACGGGUCUCUAAUGAUUUCUCUGAGGGUAUUCGAGCCCGGUUAGUGGACAAGGAUUUUGCUCCCAAGUGGGACCCUCCAAGCCUGGAAGACGUGACUAAAGACAUGGUCGACUGCUACUUCUCCCCACUUGGGGAAUUAGAACCUGAGUUGGUGCUGCCAACAGCCUUGAGAGAACCUUAUAUCUGAGAAUGAUCUAUAAAUCUUUGUAAGGGAACUAUCAGUUUUUGAUGGCAGACAAUUUUGGUGUAUCAUGUGUUUUUGUUCUUUUAUAUAGAAAUAACAUCCCAUAAAUUUUUGCGUAUCAGUUUCUACACAUUUUGUUGUGGGUACACAUCAGUAAGAGAUUUGUUUUGUUAGUAUUU